AUGAAGGCAAGGGCUAUGAUUUUCAUCAGGAAACAUAUGGAAGAAGCACUCAAGGUGGAAUAUUUAGCUGAAGAAGACCCACGAUCUCUUUGGGUCGCUCUAGAAGAGCGAUUCAACCACCAAAGGGCCAUCUACUUGCCGGAAGCAAGGCACGAUUGGCAGAACAUACGUUUCCAAGAUUUCAAGACUGUCAAUGAGUAUAACUCUGAAAUCUGCCGGAUUCGGUCACUCCUAAAAUUCUGUGGAGAAGAGCUCACAGAAGCCGACCUACUGGAGAAAACUUUCUCCACCUUCCCACCUUCCUGUAUGGUCCUGCAGCAACAAUACAGGGAAAGAAACUUUGCUAGAUUCUCCGAAUUAAUCACCAUCCUGUUGCUCGCUGAAAAGAACAACAACCUACUUCUGAGGAAUGAUCAAGCAAGGCCCACCGGUACUAGAGCAAUUCCUUUGCCUGAAGCAAAUACUAUUGCCCAUCACGAAAAUAAUCGUGGAAGGAGGAACCGGGGCCGUGGAAGGGGAAGAAGGUCUGAACGUCCAAGGCAUGGAAGGAGAAAUGGGCCCAGAAAUGGCCCAUAUGAUCGUGACCACCCAGGCAAUGGCCCAAGGGGUCGAGGAGGACGUGGACAAGGCCCACGUGGUGGAAACCGAAAUGGCCAAGUCCGACAAGCUCAAAUUAGAGAGAACCCUGGUCCGGCCCGUCGCCCUCAAAAUCAACAUAAUCUAUGUUAUAGAUGUGGAGGCACUGACCAUUGGUCCCGCACCUGUCGUGCAACAGAUGAAGAGAUAGGAGAGUAUCACGCCAAACGCGGAACUCGAGAGGCCAACCUUGUGGAAGAGUCAGUCCCUAUGGAUACCACCUUGGAGAUUACUGAUUUCCAAGCAGCCAAUGGAUACAUCGAGGAUUGA